AUGCCUGAAUAUGCCAAUGAAAACCACAAAACACAACUCGGAACCGAUUAUCCUUCCAGUAUCGAUCCCACCAUGGCCGAACGACCGCAGAUGACGUUGGCCGAGAGCCUCAGUUUCGGCCAGAAGCCUUCCGAGGCACGCCUCUCCAUCCCGACACCAGCACGAAUCCCGCUCGCAGGGCUUAUUGGAUUUGGUAUCGGAACUACUCUGGGUCUCGCCCAUGGAGGUCGCAUAGCUCAGCUGCGCUUCCGUGCUGAGCACGCGCACAAGAUGCCAACAACGACGACCGGAUGGUAUCUCUACCACAAAAGCAAGAACUACCACACCAUGUACGGCGGCCUCAGGGAAGGCUUGACCAUGGGAGCCAGACUUAGUUUCUGGACCCUCAUGGCCUUUGGCUUGGAGAGCACCAUCGACCGGUAUCGAGGCCAGAGCGAUCUCAUCAGUACCGUCUCCGCCAGUUUGACCGUGGCCGGUACUUUCAGUCUGUGGAGUAGGUCAACUCCGUCCCAUGCAGGCGCAUCUCGCACAGCAAGAUAUGGCCUCCUCUUUGGACUGGUAUACGGUGGAUUACAAGACGCUGUUGGUCUUGCUCGGGGCCGUCCCAUUGGCUAUGUGGAAUCUCUACGCAGGCGGUUUGGAUCUGGCAAGACACCGAAGGCCGAUCAGCCUCAGAGUGGAGAAGGAAUCCGCAUGCUAUUGCGCCGCCCGAAUCAAUAUGGCCUAGCUGGCCCUAUGCCGCGCGAAACUGAGACAGUGUACCACAGGACAUCGCCGCAGUACCCUACGCCUGCCCGAAAUGUUCGAGUCGCAGAAUAUCCUGGUCGCAUCGAAACCAUCUUGAUGGAACCCAAUCGCACCGCCAUCACAGGUCAAGGCCAUUCGCCAAUGGGAGGCUUCGCAAAUUGCUCUGCAUCAUCGCCAGGGUCCGUCCAAACGCUCCGCCUCCGCUUCCGGCUACAGUCGGCUAUCUCUCUGAGGCACAAGACCUCCACCAAUAACUCAUCUUCUUGGCCAUUGACACUGGCCUACCUGAGAUUACGGUACAGUCCGGUCGUCGAGUACACGGGCAUGUUUGCACCUACUCAACAAUACAGCAUUGCUCUUAGGAGAAGACCAUUGCAUGCCGCCUUCCUAUCGUCUGCCUCGCGCGCUGGAUUUCGGCAACAUGGCAGCUUCCCUCCCAUGAGUACAUUGGAAAGAUCCAUCCAUCUGUCUACGAGGCGGCCUUUGUUGAAUAAUCAGCUCUUAGACGCAGACACGACACCUACACACCUGGCACUCGAACGUAAGACACCAUCAUCGACAAUAAUAUCCUCAUCACCACCAUCAAUGGGCCCACCAAAACCCUUAUCCAUCCUUCCACUGAACGUCAUCGUCCGCUCCCUACUGACAUCAACAAUAUCCUCCUCGCCUACCCUUCUUCCGCCCUCGCUAUGGCUAAUGUCCGUCCUUGCACACGCUACCAAUCCACUGCUCAACCCAGACAAGAACCCGCUCCUGCGUUUCUUCCUAAAGAAAACAUUUUACGCACAGUUCUGCGCCGGAGAAACUCCAGCCGAAGUUGGUCGAACCAUCAAGGGUCUCAAGGACAUUGGGUUCUCGGGUGUCAUACUGGGAUACGCAAAGGAGGUUGCCUUGACCAACGCUCAGAAAAAGGAAUUGGGUGCUUGUAGCCAAGGCAAGAUUGCGGAAGAGUGCAUUCGCAAUGAGAUUAUUCCUUGGGCCACAGGUACCUUGAAGACAGUACAGCUGGCAGAACCAGGAGACUUUGUUGCUCUCAAAUUUACUGGUGCCGGUCGUCAAGCACUAGAUUCUCUCGCAGAACGUUUGCCACGUUCUGCCGCCCUGACCGACGCCAUCAACUCCGUCUGCUCUCUCGCUUCCGAGCGUGGUGUUCGCCUCUUGUUCGACGCUGAGCAGGCCUCUCUGCAGCCUGUUAUCGACGAUUGGACCAUGGAGUACAUGCGAAAGUACAAUACCGCCCCAAGGCAAGCACUUGUCUACGGGACGUAUCAGGCGUACCUAAAGUCAACCCCAGAGACGCUCUCAAGACAUCUUCGAGUCGCAAGAGAAGAAGGCUUCACCUUGGGCGUAAAGCUUGUGCGCGGUGCAUACAUUGGAACCGACCCGAGACAUCUCAUCCACGAAACGAAAGAAGGCACGGAUGCCUGCUACGAUGGCAUUGCCGAAAGUCUCCUCAAGAAACAAUGGGGAAAUGUUUUGCAGGGUGAUCUCCGAAUGCCAUCAAUCAGCUUGAUCAUUGCUUCCCACAAUGCUGAGUCCGUCAGGCUGGCUCGAAAAAUUUGUAUCGAUGGGGAAGCUUGUACUGAGGUAGUCUUUGCACAAUUGCAAGGCAUGGCGGACGAAGUUAGCUGCGAGCUAGUCUGUCCGACAGGUUCGGGCAAUAUGCGGGAGCGGAAGAGAGCAGAGUCCCGGGCCAUCGAAGCGUACAAGUAUCUCGUUUGGGGGUCGACUGGAGAAUGCAUGAAGUAUCUCUUAAGAAGAGCGCAUGAAAAUCGGGAUGCGGUACAGCGAACACGAAGUGGACGCAAUGCGAUGUUCAGUGAAUUGGUGAGGAGAAUGAAGAGUAGUAUUGGGGUAUCCGUCUAA